AUGACCCUACUGUUAUCACUGCAGACCAAGGAAAAAGAAAAGGAAAUAGAGAUAGCCAUACACCGAGAUGGGGAGACACAUUUUAUCGAAGCGAUACGCAAACAGAUUGACACUGUAAACCCGGACAAGAUAAAGAAUUCGCUAGCUGUGCUCUCGGAACUCUCAGUGCGUGCCGCUGCUUUCCUGCAAAAGUGUGACUUCACGGUUACGCAGGAAACUGCCCACGAAUUUUCCAUGGAUUCAAUCAUGUACACUCGUUCUAUCGUAUCAGAGCCUUUCAGCAUGGUUCCACUGGCCGAGAGGGGCGAUUUGGCGCGCCUUGAUGUAAUGGUGUUGGCACGCGCACUGUUGCACCAAGCAUUUGCCAUUGCGAAGACAACUCCUGUACGACAGGUAUUAGCCUGGCGUCUCCAUCACUGGAUGGCGCAUUGCGUGAAGGAUGCCUUCAGGCUUGAUGUCCAUAACCAGUUCCGCUACUUCGAUAUUGCAAACGUAGUGACCGAAGUGAUGCGCAGUCCAUUCCGAUGGCAAGCUUUCUUCGCUGCGAAUCCGACGCCGCUUGCUAAUUUCCUUCCUUCCGGGUGGGAAGACCAGGGCGGGGACCGUUUCUCCUAUGGUGACCUGACUAUCCCGCCGCUCGAGGAGGAGGAGUAUGUGUCUUGGUCUAUGGAGGAUGUGGCUAGGGAGCCGGAUAGUCCGCGACGAAGUGCGCGUAUCUGCUCUUCACCGCCUAUCAUUUACGACGAGGAGAUGGACGAAGAGUUGGACGAGGAGAUGGACGAAGACAUGGACGAAGACAAGGACGAAGAGGUGCACGAAGAGGUGUACGUGGUGGACGAAGAAGUGAACCAGUGGGUGAACGAACGGGUGAACGAGCAGGUGGACGAGGAAAUGAACGAGGAGAUGGACGAGGACGUAAGCCAGGAGACAGAUUAG